AUGCAUUACAAUUUCAGACUUGUCAAUAAUCAACUCGUCAUGGUGAUGACGAAUGAUCAAUGCGAGAACGAGCCAUUGAGAGGAACCUGCAUUAGCUGUACGUGUGAAAAGUGUGUCUCUGGACCAAUGGAGGGUCCACGCUAUUCAAAAUACGUUGGAAAUCCAGCCCUUGAUGCGCGCAGGAAGGCAAUGAAGAACAGACGAGUUUCCAAAAAGACCCGCGCUGAAAAUGGAACUACUGUCGUAAAAGAGAAUAAAGAUUCUGUCACGAAAGAGAGCGCUGAUGAUUCCGUCAGCGACGAGGAUGCACCUCACGCCCUGCCUCGAUUCCGUAUUGCCACACUAGAAAAUGAAGAAGGGCACACCCGUCUUGCCAUUGAGUUGCCAUCAGUGUACAAUCCAGAUCAGACCUUUUAUUUUUAUUAA